AAAUAUACAUGAUUAAUCCCGAGUACGAGUACGAUUCCGAUUCCGAUUCCGAUUCCGAUACAAAUCGCGAACGAAAUGCUAACCAGUAGGGUAGAAUCGAAAAGAGAAGCGGCAGUUUUAACCUGAAUGAACGGCGUGCCACAUGCUGCAGUUUCCGCAAGAGCAGAAGACCUAAACGACACGUUUAGCCGCCGACUGGAUUACACCUGUUCGUCAGAAUUGAACCGCCACGAGUUUCUGGAAGUGCAACCGAUCGCCAGUACCAUGUUGCGAAGGAAGCUGGCCAUGGAGAAGAAGGCGCCAUUAGGAGUUCACAAGAACAAACCCAAACGCAGCAAGAGGAUACUGCUUAAUAAAGUUGUAGACUAUCUGAAAUCGGAUUCUUACAUGUUCGCUCCUCUGAUUUCUCCUCUACCCUCUCAUUCCGCUGCACACGAAACUAUUUGUUCAUCUUCCCCAGGAGAAGAGAUACCGAAGCCCCUCAAGCAUGAAGACGAGAAAUUGGUUAAGCAGCUUGGGGAGUUUCUGAAAUCUGAUUCUUACAUGUAUGCUUCACUGAUCCAUCGUCAAACGUCUGAUUUUCCUGCCAUUAAAUUUAUGGGCUUUGCUCCUACAGGACCUUUUAGGUUCCUCAAAAGGGCAGCUUCUGCAAUUUCAAUGAGGAAAAAGCCUGUGAAAAUUAGCCAACCCAUUGAAGAGUCUGCAAAAGAAAGAGAACACCAACCAACAGAAGUCAACACUCCAGUAACAAGCAUUGGGGUCAAUGAAACCCCGGUUCGGGGACAACGGGAGAUGGUGAAGCACAUUGUUCACCAAAAUCGCCGCCCUUCAUCCUUGCCAGGAAGACGUACAGUUAAGUCGCAGCGAAGGAAACUCAUGUAGUGAAGUAUUGUGGCACCAAAUAACUGGAAGAGUUUAAGGGCAUGUGGUAUUGCAUUGUAUAUAUUUUGAGUUGCUUUCCUGUUCUUAGUAUGUAUUUGUUUCUUUUUUCUUUUUUUUAUUUCUUUUUUCCAUUAUCUGCAGGGAAUGAAUUGGAAUACAUGGUUGUUGUAAAGCUUCUGAUAGCAUGUGCUGUUCUUGUGUUUGGUGUGAAUAUUCUUCUAGCAUAUUGUUCCAAUGGCUUUGAUAUUUAGAAUCAGUAACAUUUCAUUGAA